AUGGUAGAUCAUCACCCGGACGAACUGUACCCAAUGGAUAAGGUAUAUACUGCAGCUGUAUUCCUGCUACCCAAAACCGCGGCAGUGGUUUCAACUAGUAUCGCGUCUCCUUCGCCAGCCCAGCCAACUUACCGAACAGUGACUGCGCCGACUCCGAUCAUGCAACCUUCCAUAACAAUGACACAGCCAUCCAGCAAUGUUGUUGUUAAGAAGGAAUAUCACUUGCAAAAUCUUGCCUCUAACGCUUUAGGCGCGCCUUCACUUCGCGCGCGCGCAUUCUCGGACCUCCCGCUCACGCGCGCAUCUCGCGCGCGUUAUCUUCUCGCGCCUAUUAGCGCCCGCCUAGCUCACAGAGUUUCCCUCCACUUUUAUUUCGAGGAACUUCUCUCAGUGGUUGUCCUUUGGGUCGAGUCGUUGUCUCUCAAGAUUCCUCAUCUACACCGGGUCGAUAAAUAUGCAGGUCAACCACCGGCAACCAGAGCUAACACUAUUCAGGUACAAGCCAGAGUAUACUACUGCACCACACCGGAUAUCGAAGUUAUCACGGAAAUCGACUCAUCGGCAUUUCUGCACACCUGUAGUGAGACCAUAGAUGACGAGGAGGAACAGGAACACUUGGAGAAGAUCCGGGAGGUCAAUGAGGAGUACGCGGCAUUCACCACCAAACACAUGAGAAGAUCGAACAAAGGUAAGACUGCUAGGUUUGAAGGCGUUGAUAUUCCGCUGCGCCUGAAACCAGGACCUUCGUCCAAAGUCACGGAACAAGCGGAGGAGAUCAUAUUCCCAGAGGUAAGGGAAGCAAAGACCAAGAAAGCACCGAACCCCGGAAUGGUAGUUGUGAAAUCAGCAGCCAAACCAACCAACGCCAACCCAAUUGUUCCGGUUGCAUCAUUGUCGACAACCCCGGCCCCACAAUACCAUUACACAUUUCUGUUAGAAGACAAGGACAUAGAAAAAUGUGUUAUGGACAGAAUCCUUGACACAGACGUCAAUGUUCCUAUCCGGGACCUUAUUGCAUCAUCAUCGGACAUCCAGAAAGCAUUGAAAGAUCUCACCACGUCCAAACAAGUCACAGUUGGUACGGUUUCAGUAAACGAACUCAGCGGUCACCCCCAGACGGAGCAAUUCCUGAAGGGAUGGGACAAACAUAUGAAGAGAGCUAACGAUGGACACAUUGUCGCUGACCAUUUUAAGUCAUUGCGAACCAUCUGGGGCACUACAACUGGAGGCUGGGUACUUACCUGUGUCCUCGAUCAAGGUGCUGAGGUGAUAGUAAUGUUGCAAUUGGUAUGGCGCAGUCUCGGAGGAGUUCCGCUUCAUUCGGAUUAUCAGAUGACCAUGGAAUCGGUCAACAUGUCGUCAGAUCAGACACUUGGAGUCAUGGAAAACUUCCUGAUCGAUUUCGGAACCGGAGACAUGCUAUUCCAAGUCCAGAUUGUUCUGGUCGCUGCUUUUGACGUUCUUUUAGGCAGACCAUCUUUCACGCUAACAAGUUGCAAGACGGCUGAUCUUCCGAACGGAGAUCAGGAUAUCACGCUGACAGAUCUGAACAACGCAUGGUAUGUUGUGUAUGGACCACCCGAUGCCGAAGGGUUUUUGAUGACCGAUGAUCCACACCCAUGGGGAGAUCUACGGACUAUCGAUAUUUCUAAUUCUCCAUUUUGUAUAUAUCGCGAAACUAACUGUCUUGCGCUACCCAUGCAACCCUUGCUCUCACAGAGCACUGAUACCCUACCCGUUCCUUCUAUCACGCAACCCCUGUCGCACUAUGAUUAUCUCAUAUCCAUGCAUUCCUGCAUUAAUCGCGCAUCUAUCGACACAUUUCACAGUGUAUAUUCUGUCGACCAAGCCAAGCAUGUGCUGGUGUACAAACCAUUUGCGAAGAAAGUCUGCACCGUACCCACGACUAUGCCACCGGAAUCCCAGAUUACGAGAAGAUUACUUGAUGAUCCUUUGGCCGGCAUGCCUUCAUUGCCAACCCAUCCACCUGACUUCGUUCCAGGCGUCUGCUUCACACAAGAAAGAUUGGACAAUUUAGAUUUGGAUCUCGCAAAGUGGCUAUGGCCGGAGGAACUUAAGCUCGUACAUUGGUUGGUCUCGGCACAUGAAAAAGCUUUUGCUUGGAACACGAGCAAACACGGACAUCUCAAUGAGAUCUAUUUUCCGCCAGUCAAAAUUCCAACGAUUCCGCAUAUUGCUUGGUCUCAGCGAAACAUUCCUAUUCCUCCAGCAAUUACGAAUGAAGUCAUCUGCAUUGUACGGGAGGAGAUCGACACCAGAGUUUAUGAACCUUCCACUGCCACAUACCGUUCAUGA